AUGCUUGUUGCCUUGAUCGACAUCCCUAAAACGACAAUAACAACAACAACAACUGCAACGAUAACAACAGCAAUAAUAACUACAGCAACGACGACAACAACAAUACCAACGACAACAACAACAUCAACGACAACAACAACAACAACACCAACGACAACAACAACAUCAACGACAACAACAACAUCAACAACAACAUCAACGGCAUCAACAACAACAGCAACAAUCACUUCAUGUACACCUGGUAGCAGCUGGAAUUCAACUGGUGUCACUGUGGCUGGUGUGACAGGUAUACCAGGUGCGAAUUCAACUUUACUUAGCUAUGUCAAUGAUGUCGCCACUGACAUAUAUUCAAAUAUCUAUGUUGCUGAUGCAGAUAAUCAACGAAUUCAGCGAUUCGCAUCAAACUCUUUGGUCGGUCAAACGGUAGCUGGAGUUGCCAGUAGUGUCGGUUCAUCAUCAACUUUGUUUAAUUUUCCACGCGCUAUAUUUGUUCUUUCAAACGCACUAUUCGUUUCCGAUGUUUACAACUAUCGAAUACAAAGAUUUACCUACAAUAUAUCAACUGGGUCUACAGUUGCUGGAGGGAAUGGUCAAGGAUCAGGUUUGAAUCAGAUAAAUAUUUGUUAUGGUGUCUACGUUGAUACAAAUGGAACUGUCUAUUAUUCAGAUUUUACAAAUAAUCGAGUAAUGAAAAAGCUGAAUUCGUCUUCGUCUGGUGUUGUCAUUGCGGGUAACAAUGGGAAUGGCAAUGCGACGAAUCAAUUUAAUGGUCCAAUGGGUAUCUACAUAGACGUAAAUAAUGGAUCGAUUAUAUAUGUAGUCGAUAGUUCAAAUCAUCGAGUGCAACGAUGGGUUAUUGGAGGAACAACUGGUACCACAGUAGCCGGCGGAAACUCGAAUGGAGCGGCGCUAAAUCAAUUGAAUAGCCCUCGAGCAGUUAUUAGUGAUUCAAACGGAAAUCUUUACAUUUCGGAUACGAAUAAUCAUCGAAUCGUUAUGUGGACUAGUAGAGCAACUAUUGGAAUACUUAUAGCAGGCACUAGUGGAGUGCAAGGUUCAACUGCAACAACUUUAAAAUCUCCGAAUGGAAUUACAUUUGAUACAAACAAAAACUUGUAUGUUGCUGAUUCCAAUAAUUUUCGCAUCCAAAAAUACAUCGUAUGUGCAGGUACGACAACAACGACAAUUGCACCUACUACAACAGUUACGGCUGUUCCACCAUGUACACCUCAAUCGAGAUCAAGUGGAACAUUGUUUUCUGUUACAAAUCCAACAUCAUCCACUUAUCCAAGUUACACUUGCUAUGCAUACACUUGGGUGGCCACUGGAUCAUCAGCAACAUUAUCCUUCUUUUUUCGUCAUGAUCCCGGUGGUUGGAUGCUAGACGAUGUUAUGGUUUAUCAUGGCUUGACACAAUUAAUUACGAACGGAGGAUUUGAAACCGGUAGUCUAACUGGCUGGACCUAUUCGGGUUCAUGUAGCUGGUACACUGGUACGGCGUACUCGGGAAGUAGUUAUGCUAAAUCAGGAAGCUAUUACUAUUACGAUCGCUGCACUCAGUAUGGUGAUACAAUAAGUCAAACAUUUUCAACAGUUGUCGGUGAUAUAUAUGUUAUUAGCUUUUGGCUAACAAACUAUUCGUGCUGUUCACCGACUGAAAUUGCUAAUGUUACGAUAACAUGA